AGAAACGAAUGGACAGGAACCUGGAUGAUAAUCAGAGAAAGCCAUACAUGUCGUUUUCUCGAAAACUGCAUUGAAUUUUCCUCCAGAGAUAGAGAGAGAGAGAGAGAAAAAAAAAUUAAAUAAAAAAUAAAGGAAAAGAAAAACUGAAGUCAUAGGAAAUUCAGUCCCUUUGCCCUUUUACUUCUCUUCUUCGGUUCUUCCUUCUCUCUCUCCGUCUAUCCAAAACGCGGAUUCGCCAUUUCUCUCUUAAAAAUCCCAUCUUUUCUCUUGUAUAGACCAUAUAGAUUCAACCCCAACAACAAUAAUCAGGAAGAGAAGAAGAAGAGUAAGCCAUUUUUUUUGUUCUUUCUCUUUUUCCCCUUCUUUUCAUUUUUCAUUUCAAACAUUAGCGGACACUUCCUUGUACGAGGAGAUUUUGCAGCUCAGGAGAUCUCAUAUAGAAUUCAAAACAGAUAAACAGGCUUUUGUUGCUUCAAAAUCUCUACAUUAGAUCUAAAUUUUGGAGUCAUUUGAUUCAAGCGCUUUCUAAUGGCAUCAGCUGCAAUUUUCUCGUCUCUACGGCGGCGGAGAUCUCCUUCGUUGGAGGCGUUCUUGGCUCCGGUUGAUUUAUCCGAUGUCACCCUUGUAGAAACCCUGGCAUCGGUGUCAACGGAGCUGGUGUCUUGUUUCUCGGGCACAUCGUUUUUCUUUCAGCGAAAGAAUUCGCGGUCUUUGAUUCGGAAGAUUGAGCUUUUCGGUGUUUUGUUGGAGUAUUUGAGGGAUUCUGGAUCAGGUACCUGUUUGUCUCCCACAGCGGUUGUUUGUUUUAAGGAGCUGUAUUUGCUUUUGUACCGUUCCAAGAUAUUGCUAAAUUAUUGUGCGGAAUCGAGCAAGCUAUGGCUGCUGCUACAGAACCAGUCCAUUUCGGGGCAUUUUCAUGAUGUGAAUCAGGAAAUAUCCACCCUUUUGGACGUCUUUCCAUUGGACGAUCAUGAAUUGAGCGAUGAUGUCAGGGAGCAGAUUGAGCUUAUGCAAAAGCAGACGAGGAAGGCGAGGUUAUAUAUUGACAAGAAUGAUGAAGCUUUGCGGGUUAGGCUCUUUUCAUUUCUUGAUGAGUUUGAGAAUGGGAGGAUUCCUGGCCUGGUGGAGCUGAGGUCGUUCUUUGUAGAUAGUCUGGGGAUAAGGGAUGCCAAGAGUUGCAGAACCGAGAUUGAGUUCUUGGAGGAACAGAUUGUUAAUCAUGAAGGAGAUGUUGAACCGUCGGCUUCGGUGCUUAAUGGAUUUGUUGCAAUAACACGGUAUUGCAGGUUUUUGCUUUUUGGGUUUGAAACAAAUGAGGUGGAAUUGCAAUUUGGGAGCAUGAAGAAGCCAAGAAAAAGGUUGAUUACUCAAGAAAUUGCAAACACUUUUAUCACCAUACCGAAGGAUUUUUGUUGCCCAAUAUCAUUGGAUUUGAUGCGAGAUCCAGUGAUCGUUUCUACAGGACAGACAUAUGAUCGAAGUUCAAUAUCUAGAUGGGUGGAGGAUGGGCAUUCUACGUGCCCCAAGACAGGGCAAAUGCUCACCAACACCCGUCUUGUCCCCAAUCGGGCUUUGAGGAAUUUGAUUGUACAAUGGUGCACUGCUCAUGGAAUCGCCUGCGAGCCCCCGGAGAACACAGAUUCAUCUGCAGAGGCUUUUGCUGCAACUUUGCCUAGCAAAGCUGCGAUAGAAGCUAACAGAGCCACAGCGACCCUUCUCAUUCAACAACUGGCAAAUGGGUCUCAAGGUGCAAAGACUAUUGCUGCUCGUGAGAUCCGUUUGUUAGCAAAAACAGGAAAAGAAAACCGUGCUUUCAUUGCUGAAGCUGGGGCGAUUCCCCAUCUCUGCCAGCUGCUAUCAUCUUCAAACCCAGUGGCGCAAGAGAAUUCUGUAACAGCAAUGCUUAAUCUUUCAAUUUAUGAUAAGAACAAAAGCCGCAUUAUGGAUGAAGAAGGGUGCUUAGGAUCUAUUGUCGAAGUAUUAAUGUUUGGACUCACUACAGAGGCAAGGGAAAAUGCAGCAGCAACGUUGUUCAGCCUAUCAGCAGUUCACGAUUACAAGAAGAGAAUAGCAGAUGAGGGAGGGGCUGUGGAAGCUCUGGCAGGACUGUUGAGAGUGGGGACACCGCGUGGGAAGAAGGAUGCAGUCACAGCAUUGUUUAAUCUGUCAACUCAUACAGAAAAUUGUGUGAAAAUGAUUGAGGCAGGGGCUGUUACAGCACUAGUAGGGGCUCUGGGAAAUGAAGGGGUUGCUGAGGAAGCAGCAGGAGCACUGGCUUUGAUUGUGAGGCAGCCAAUUGGAGCAGAAGCAGUGGGUAGGGAGGAAAUGGCUGUUGCAGGACUAAUAGGAAUGAUGCGGUGUGGGACUCCAAGAGGGAAAGAAAAUGCUGUUGCAGCCUUGCUUGAGUUGUGCAGGAGUGGCGGGGCAGCUGCCACCGAGAGAGUACUCCGUGCACCGGCAUUGGCUGGUUUGCUGCAGACUUUGCUGUUCACAGGUACAAAGCGAGCAAGAAGAAAAGCAGCAUCACUUGCUAGAGUGUUUCAAAGGUGUGAGAAUUAUGCCUUGCAUUUUGGCGGAUUAGGUGCUGGAUAUGCAUUUGCUGGCAACUCUGCUACAAAUCGAGAUUCAAGUUUCGUUGGUGAUGUUUCAGUGGCCAUGUCCAUCUCAGUACCCGUCUUGUAGUGGUAACAAACAGCCUUCUCGUUGUCUACCAUGAUUAUAUGUAUCCCUUCUUUUUUUUCCCUUGGUGAUAUUUACAAAUUCUUUCAUUGAAAUUAGAUGGUAAAAGAGAAAGUUUUACUGAAA